UGAUGAAGUUGUUUCUAAUCAUUUACUAAUCUCUCUCCAUCCGGGCCUUUCCUUCUCUAUCUAGGUCAUGUAUGGACGACUGGGACAGCUCAUUUAUGUGCCUGUUUCUCAUGAUUUGGUUCAGGGUGCGGCAACUCUCUCUCCAGUACCGGCCCGUCCUCUGACCGCGCACCAUGUCCAAUUUCCGAAACACCAAGGAAGUGCAGCAGGCCAAGCAUUUCAGCUUUGUGUACCUCAACCUUUCAUAGCCGGCGGACAGCAACCAUUGGCGGUGCCAAGCCACAUUCCGUUUCUACAGCCUCGUUUCCCUGUUAAUCAUCCGAUACAAGUUCCGGGAUCUAAUGGUAUCUUUAGUGCAAAGCUUCCAUAAAAGUUUGUUACUACAAUAGUAUUACCCUUUUAUUUCUGUUUGUUUUAA